AUGUCCGAUUCCACCCUCUAUCUAUACACCUCCCUUACUGCAGGGUCGUCCCAUAUCGUCACCGCCACUGCGCGACUGGAGACCAUUCUGAAGGCCAACAAACUCCCAUUCCGAGCAAUUGAUGUCGCCACCGAUGAUGCAGCCCGUAAGCUCUGGGGACGUCGCUCUAAAGGCAAGAAGUUGCCUGGUCUGGUGAAGUUCGGCACGGUGGUUGGCGACCUAGAGGAAAUCGAAGAAUGGAACGAAUACGGUGAGCUGAGGAUGCAAGUUGACAGCGUCGAAGACUUCGAUAGUAUGCCGGCUACUAGUUAUCCAGCUACCACUGCCCAGGCCGACACGACGUCUGCUGCUUCAACACCCACGGCGGGGGUGUCCACCCCAAAGCAGAGCACCAUCAAAAUCCAGAACCUUCCUUCCAAGGAGACCAAGAAGGACGACUCCAUCGCGGUUGCAUUGCGCCAAGCCGGUGAAGAGGCGGCUUCCAAGGCCAAAGAGAAUGCUCGUGGGGAUACCAAGGCCGAGACGACUGCUGCAGCUACAGAAGAGCCCGGCCAGCAGCUGCCUUCUGUCGCCGGCGAAGAGAAAAAGGAAGGAGUUAAAGAUUCUGUAUGUCAGAAAUCGUUAGCUCUGGGGACUGCAGAAAGUCCCAGGCGACCGCCUCUUGUAGUGCCAGAUGUUGCCGCAGUUUCCACUGCAGAUAUCCGUGCUGAUAAUGCUGAAGCUCUAGGAUUAAUAGAACACCACCGGCGCUCUGUUGUUUCAGCCACAUCCUCGGAGGAGCAAGAAAAGGUAGCACGGGAUCUGCGCAAGUCCAUCUCCGAUGGCCGUGAAGAGAUUGUCGUGUCGGAGGAAGAGCGGACGGAAAAGGAUAAUAAGGCAAAAACCGUCGAGGAAGAUUCAGAAAUUGGUGAGGGUGACAAGACCAGAGAGAGCACAAGGGUUAAAACACAAUGA